AUGCCCUUGGUGGAGGUGAUCCUGCCUAAGAUGGGGAAGUCACAGCAAGUGUUCAACGAGCACGAAUUGCUGGGGCUCUCUAUCAGAGUCGAAGUUCAGAAGAACUCUCGACUCAUUGGGCAGUGUCACCGCUGCCAGAAGUAUGGACACGCACAGUCGUAUUGCACUGCGCCGCCAAAGAGUACAGAGCUGAAAAUUUGCACCAACAUAGGAGAUGGUAUUGGAAAGUAUGGAAAAAAUUGUCAGAAGCCUAGGCUGUCAAUAUCAUCGACUCUGAAUGGAGAGGAAAGUUUAUCCGUUGGAGAACCGCAAUCAUCGGCUGUAGGAGAAUUAAUUAAUGAAGCACGUAGCAGCUGCAUCGUGGAACGUCCACUCUCUCCAAUGUCCGUUGACAAGCAGGAAGCAAGUGGUAUCCAAGAUGACUUCAACAGUCCUCGGAAUCACUUAGUCUUGAAAACAGUUGCAAGUCGUAAACGCAGUGGAGGUGUUCAAACUGCUUGA